AUGAAACUCGACGACUACGACGCUGUUGGUGCGCGCCAGAAGCAAAUGGCAGGGUCAGGUACCAGUGUCAAGGAUGGCAAGCCCAAUCGCUUGGAGUCUGCCACUGUGAUGGAGUACCUGCGUUCCCAUGGGUAUGCUAAAGCCCUUGGUGCCUUGAAAGCCGAACUAGAAGCAUCCGAGAAGGGUGCAUCGCCAGCCAAAUCAGCCGAAGAGCGCGACGCACACCUUGGAGCCCAGGAUGUGAGUAUGGAAGAGCUUUCCAGCAAGAAUGUGCCGCGUGAUCCGCGCGACAAGGAUGCGCCUGAGACGGGCCCUAGCUCUGCAUUGGAACGUGCAGGUGCUCAGGCGCUGCUACUUGACCCAACAGAUACAGCCCGCGGCUUUUCUAUGAUUAAAACAUGGUGUACGGGAAGUUUGGACAUCUAUCAACCAGAACUGCUCCCGCUGCUGCUGCCCCUUUUUGUGCACAGCUACCUGAACUUGGUGGAUAUGGGUCUUGGCGCCGUAGCUGCUGAGCUUUUUGCUCUGCAUUCGUCUUUUUUCCAGCCAACACAUGCAUCGCUGCUCGCGCACAUUCGCUCCCUAUGUCUUCCGUCGCAAAUUGGAUCGGAUGAGUUGGCGCAACGAUUUCGCACAGAACGCUAUGUAUUAAAAAUGUCACCAAACGUAUUUGGUCUCUUGAUUGGGUGGCUGACGGAUGGAACAAGUCCUGUGGGCUUCUCUAGCAUCGAUGAUCCUUCGAUCGUGGACAAUAUUCUCGAGCCAUCGCGCCGUGGCCGUGAAGCGAUGUUGAAAAUCAUUAAUGAGCACUGCCGCAUCCAGGUGCUUCGCUCUGUAAUGUUCCAACUUGAUCCUUUCGAGCUUGAAGAGGGCACAGGACUUACAGGUGCAGGCCCAUCUUUCUUGUCAAAGUCUGCGUCCAAGUACCAUUCUGCCGUGGAAGCAGCAGCCAUAUCUGAAUCGGAUGUCAUCGCCGACUUCAACGCCCAAGCGGCUGGCCCGCAGCUCAAGUUGCAUCCAAGUAUCCCCCUCGCAGACGACUUGAAAAAUGAAGUGGAUCACGUAUUGCGUGAAAAGCAGGCGCCUGCCCCUGCACAGGAAGAAAAUUUUUCUGCAGGCGAGGCGAACCCGGACAAAGAAGGUAAAGAUACCACGCAUGUUGCGCCUUCGCCACGGAGUCGCUCGUCGUCUGUGGUGCCAGACGAGACACAUCCACAGGGCCAGGAUCAGGCAUCUGAUCUGCUGGGUCCCACACUAGCUGAUCUGCCACCGCAGCCGAGCAUGUUCCGCACAGUGGAUUUGCUUCGUGAAGUCGAGCGCGUGCGCGACGCACGAAAGUGCUUGCGGAUCGACCCAAAGCUCGCUCCAGAACCAGCGACAGCAGGAGACGCCAAGCCACCUUCCGAAUGGGAAGGUGUACCACGCACAGUUGGUUUACCAAGUGUCUGCAUGUACACCUUCUACGAUGCGGAAGACGGUCUCACUAGCAGCUCUUUUUCACCGGACUUGACGCUCAUGGCAGCUGGCUUCGAAGAAAGUUAUGUACAAGUGUGGAGUCUCAAGGGCGAAGCGCUACGACCCUUGGAAAGUGACUUUAAUCUGUCCGACGUGCGUGACCGCAAAACGCUCAACAAGCACCGUGUCCCCCAUGGUGACUCGACACGCAAGCUCAUUGGACACAGUGCACCUGUCUACAAUGUGUCAUUUGAUCCCGUUGGUGGCAGUGGUUCGAGCCCACGACACCUCCUUAGUUGUAGUGCUGAUGGCACCGCGCGACUUUGGAGCCUGGACACAUACGCAGCACUUGUGGCAUACCGUGGGCACCAGUAUCCUGUAUGGGAUGUGACUUGGGGGCCGUUAGGUACCUAUUUUGCUACGUCCAGCGCCGAUCGAACCGCUCGGCUCUGGAGCGCGGAAAGGAUUCAUCCGUUGCGGAUUUAUGCGGGACACUUGUCGGAUGUCGACUGCGUGCGAUUUCAUCCCAACUCGCUGUACCUUGCGACAGGCUCUUCUGAUCGUACUUGUCGUCUCUGGGAUGUGCAACGCGGUGCAUGCGUGCGUCUGUUUGUCGGUCACCAAUCACCCAUCUCGUGCGUAAGAAUCAGCUCUGAUGGCCGGUAUCUUGCUUCUGCCAGCGCCGGCAGUACUAUGAGCCGCCUUGGACAUCCACGCAGCACCAUGUCAGAUGCUUUCUCCAUCAGCUUGUGGGAUCUGGCUAGCGGUCGCCGCAUUAAGAAAAUGUGGGGCCACAACGCUCCGAUCCACGAGAUGGACUUCAGCGCCGAUGGAGCCGUACUAGUGAGUGGAUCGGAAGAUGCCACAGUCCGGUGCUGGGAUGUUCGUACAGCCCAGCAAGAGUCAGGCGCGUUGGAUGCCGAGGCAAGCGCGGACUGUGUCGUGACGUAUUACACGAAAAACACACCGGUGUAUGACGUGCACUUUUCGCCACGAAACCUCUGUCUUACUGCGGGCGUCUAUACAUCAUAG